AUGGCGUCCGUCGCCGCAUGGCUGCCGUUCGCGCGCGCCGCCGCCAUCGGCUGGGUCCCUAUAGCCACGCACCCCCUGCCUCCCCCUCCCGUGCCCAAAGACCGCCGACGUGCCGAAGACGAGAAGCUCCUCAUCAAUGUGUCCGGAAGACGAUUCGAAACAUGGAGAAACACCCUCGAGAAGUACCCCGACUCUCUCCUCGGAUCUUCGGAGCGCGAGUUUUUCUACGACGAGGACAGUCGGGAGUAUUUCUUCGACAGAGAUCCAGAUAUAUUCAGACAUAUACUCAAUUACUACAGAACUGGAAAGCUUCACUACCCAAAACAUGAGUGUUUAACCGGGUACGAUGAGGAGCUCGCGUUUUUCGGUAUUUUGCCAGAUGUUAUUGGCGAUUGCUGUUAUGAGGACUACAGGGAUAGGAAACGUGAAAAUGCGGAACGUUUAAUGGAUGAUAAACUAAGCGAAGCGGGAGAUCAGAGCCUGCCGCAACUGACUGACUUACGGCAAAAGAUGUGGAGGGCUUUCGAAAAUCCUCACACAUCUACAGCCGCUCUAGUAUUUUACUAUGUGACUGGAUUUUUCAUCGCCGUCUCUGUGAUGGCUAAUGUUGUAGAAACUGUCCCGUGUGGGCACAGGCCUGGGCGGGCGGGCACUCUGCCUUGUGGCGAGAGAUAUAAAAUAGUAUUCUUUUGUCUAGACACAGCUUGUGUUAUGAUAUUUACGGCUGAGUAUUUGCUCCGAUUAUUCGCGGCGCCGGAUCGCUGCAAAUUUGUUAGAUCUGUCAUGUCGAUCAUCGACGUGGUAGCUAUCCUGCCAUAUUACAUUGGAUUGGGGAUCACUGACAACGACGACGUGUCAGGCGCAUUCGUGACCUUGAGAGUGUUUAGAGUGUUCCGUAUUUUCAAAUUCUCGCGGCACUCGCAAGGACUUCGGAUUCUAGGAUAUACUUUAAAGUCAUGCGCCAGCGAAUUGGGUUUCCUGGUCUUCUCACUGGCGAUGGCCAUCAUUAUAUUCGCCACUGUCAUGUUCUACGCGGAGAAGAACGAACAGGAUACCAACUUCACAUCAAUUCCUGCUGCGUUUUGGUACACCAUCGUGACUAUGACUACUUUGGGUUACGGCGACAUGGUGCCCGGCACUAUUGCGGGCAAGAUAGUGGGCGGCGUGUGCUCUCUGUCCGGUGUGCUGGUAAUCGCUCUUCCAGUGCCUGUCAUCGUGUCCAACUUCUCUCGUAUCUACCAUCAGAACCAGCGAGCUGAUAAGAGGAAGGCGCAGAGGAAAGCUCGCCUGGCGCGCAUACGUAUUGCCAAAGCCUCGUCCGGCGCGGCGUUUGUAUCUAAGAAGAAAGCUGCCGAAGCUCGCCUCGCUGCGCAAGAGUCGGGCGUAGAGUUAGAUGACGCGGGACGAGAUGAAGAUAUUUUCGAAUUGCAGCAUCAUCAUCUGUUGAGGUGUUUGGAACGGACUACGGAUCGAGAAUUCGUAGAGAUGGAAAAUCCAUACAAUGGUGCAGUGAAGAGGCCUGGGUCGCCUUCUCCUCUCGCAUCACCCGCACACUCGGGCCGCGCCCCGGCUUUGCUUGCGUGUUGCGCUCGCUGUGGGUGCUGUCCACAGAAAUACCAGCAAGCAUGCGGCAAGUACAUUCCAGCAGGAAGCACAGUUCAAGGAAACCAGACUGGAGUAGCAAUGGACGGGACUUAUCUUGUGGAAGCGUCUUUC